CCCACAUAGUCGCGCGGGGGAGCUGGUGUGGAAGUGUCUUGUGCGCGAGGCAGCAGGAGUUUUCCACAUGUGGAUGAAAAGAAAACACGUCACAGAAGUUGGACCUGAAUUUCAGCUCAACAGCUAACAAUGAAGAAAGAAAUUGCAGCGGUGGUGUUUUUCCUGAAGCGGUUGAUAAAGAAGGCUGAGAAGUUGGAUGCGGACAAGGUGGACCUGUUUGUGGAGCGGUUAACAGUAGCAUUACAGGAGAAGUAUAAAGGUCACUGGUAUCCGGACAACCCCAGCAAAGGCCAGGCAUUCAGGUGCAUCAGAGUCAACCGCUUCCAGAAAGAAGAUGCUGAGUUGCUGAGAGCUUGCGCUGAAAGUGGAGUUCAGUAUAAAGACCUUGGCCUGCCUAAAGAGCUCACGCUUUGGGUUGAUCCUGGAGAGGUGUGCUGUAGGUAUGGCGAGAAGAAUCAUGGUUUCACAGUGGCCACUUUCUCAAGCGAGGACGAUGAUGAUAAAGAGGAUGUGACAAAGAAAGUGACGAGCGCCGUGGAGCGGGUCACGUCGGAUUACCACUCUGGAUCCUCCUCAGAUGAAGACAUCAGCUUUAGGGAGAUCCAGUACACUCCACCUCUUCACAACCAGCCUCCUUACCAGGUUGUUUAUGCCAGUGCCCCAGGAUGGAAUCCAGUACCAAGAAAGAAAUUUGGCCCAGGGAAAGGGCACUACCCUCAGCGGCCGCACUACAUGAUCCGCCCUCCCUGCAGACCCAACCAUUCCUUUAAAGCACACAGCUGGGUCCAGCAGGGCUACCGCAGUAAACCCGGCUACUGGGCCAGCAAUUCAAACUUACUACACCAGCUUCAGUGACCACUCUUACUACAGCAUGUUAGUUCAUCGGUGUUAGUGUGAGGGGUGUUGCGUUAGAAAGUGUUUUUUUGAAGUUACCACUAAGACGACUGACCAAAUUUUUUAAGAAACGUAUUUUUGUAGUUCUACUGUCACUGUUUUUUGAAUUUGUGACUCAUCUAUUUUUUAAAGGAACGAUAACCGUAACUGUUUGCACUUUAGAAUACUUGUAAUAGAGCGUGUAUUCGUACAUAUUGGAUUAGAAGUAUUUAGAGUAUUUGAAUUUUUAUGGUAAUGGAAAUGUGUGCUGUAUUUGUUAUAUGGGAUCAUUUGAUAACACUUUACAUCAUGUUUUAUUUAUUCACAGUAAACUAUUAUGUAUUGCAUAGACCACUUAAAUUAUGAAUAACAUUAAAAAGACAUUUUCAUGAAA